UAAAUUUGACUAUCUUUAAACAUCCUUUGUAGAUAUAGAUUAGUAACAUCUCCACCAACAUAUAAUUUACUCCCCAAACCCUGGUCUGGCGUUGGGAGCUCAUAGGAUUUUACUUCCUUGUUGACAGGGAAAGUGUAAUUAAGUUUCUGCCCAGCCCACUCCGAGUUACACUCUCCAUCCUCAUGGCAUCUUCCUCAUUAUCUCAUCAACAAAGUAUGGAAUCUGACCCUUUCAGUGAAUUUCAAAGGGAAGGGUUCAGUGUUGUAAGUACAAAAGGAUAUGAUGCAUUCAUUAACCACCGGGGCCCUGACAUCAAAGAGUCUGUUGCUUCAGAAAUUUACAAUUGUGUGCAGGUUAUGGGAUAUCGGCCAUUUCUUGAUCAGCCAGAGUUGCAAUUGGGAGAUCCAAUUCCCUCUACCAUACAAAAUGCCAUAAACACUUCCACAGUUCAAAUCUCCAUCUUCUCACCACGAUAUGCAGAGUCCCAGUGGUGUCUGGAUGAGCUGCUUCUCAUGUUGAAAACUAAGGCUCGGUUUAUUCCUGUAUUUUUUGAUGUAAAGCCUUCUGACCUUCGCUACCCUCACAAGGGAGUUUAUGGGCGUGCAUUGGGUGAGCAUGAAGAAAAGGGGAGGUUCAGCAAUGAGAGGCUUCAACAGUGGAAAGAAGCCCUCAAAUCUUCGUCAUUCUUAUGCGGCUACAAUUUCAGCACGUCUAAUGGUAAUGUCAAGACCCUGUGUAGAAAGAUUGCCUUGGCUGUGAAGCAAGAGGUUGAAAACACAAGAUGUAUGGAAGUUGCAAAAUAUCCGGUAGGACUUGAUGAUCUGGUGGAGGAUUUUGAAAGGCAGACUGCAAGGAAAGGGAAUAUUGUUGGAAUAUUUGCGAUGGGGGGUUCUGGAAAAACAACCCUAGCCAAAGAAUUGUUUAACCGCAAAAGGUGGAGUUACCAUGGAUCAAGUUUUAUUUUUGAUGUGAGAGAAGCAUCUGCUAGAGAUGAAUUAACUUGUUUGCAAAGUCAGCUCCUCAGAGAUCUCUUCCUCGAAGAGCGGAAAUUUAUGAGUAAAAGUGAAGGGAAAUCCUUUCUUAAGCAGCGAAUGCGGAGAUCUAGAAAUCGAUUCCUUAUUGUUCUGGAUGAUGUUGAUGACCACCAGCAGCUAGAUGCUCUCUUGUUAAGAGAUGCACUCAAUUCUGGUAGUCUGGUCAUUGUCACAACUCGUGAUGAGAGUGUGCUAACAAGAGCCGGAAUUACCCGUCAUUAUAUAUUGAAAGAAAUGAAAAGAGGUCAUGCAAAAGAGCUCUUCUGUAGGCAUGCAUUAGGACUGGCAAAAGCGCCCACUGGAUAUGAGAAGUUAGUUGAUAGCUUCGUACAAUUCUGUGGAGGUUUACCUCUGGCUAUACAAGUGUCUGCUGCGACUCUUUUAGGCAUCGCUGAUGUGAAUAUUUGGCGGUCAGAGUUGCAGAAAUUUAAGAGUACUCUGAAUCUGGAAAUAAAAACGAAGCUUGGCAUUAGUUUGGGAAGGCUAGACCGAGAACAAAAACAGAUUUUUAUGGACAUCGCAUGUUUUUUCAUUGGCAAACUGGUGAGUAUUGGCGUAAGGAUAUGGAAGGGAUCAGGAUGGAACACAGAGCACACAAUUCAGACUCUCAAAGAUAAAUGUCUACUUGAAAUAAGAAGAGGGAAACCCAUGGUGGGUAUUGGGAACGGUAUGUGUGAAUUUCAGUAUGAUGGCCCCUCUGUUUUUCAAAUGCAUGAUCUUCUUCGAGAUCUAGGCAGAGAAAUGGCAAGAGAAAUUGAUGCACAUGCUUCUCCUCUUCGACUCUGGCGUCCUCGAGACCUUAAAUUUAUGGAAAAGAAGGGAUUCAAAAAUAUCCUCACCGAAACCAAAGACAAAAAAAUUAGGUGUUUCAAUUCAAUUUUUGAUUUGUCCAUGAAAUGCCAAAUCACAUAUUUCUUGGGAAACUCAGAUGAUCGUGAUCUGGCGUUAACUGAUUUGCUAUGGAUUGAGCUUCAAGUGAAUGGACUUGAAUGGACGAGCAUCCCUUCAUGGAUUCCUCUGGAAAACUUGCAGUGUUUAAGAAUCAUCGGAGGACAUCUCCAGAGAUUGUGGCAGAAAGAUGACCAGGUCCCUUUCGAGUUGAAAGAGUUGCUGCUUCAUCGAACCUCAUCUGCAGAGUUUCCAAAUGAACUAAGAAAGCUUCAUAAUUUGGAAAAAUUAGUCCUCCAAGGAAGUUUCACUAAUUUGCCCGUCAUUGAUGGGAAGUCCUUAUCAGAAACCCUUGGAAAACUGGGUAAUCUUAAAAGCUUGGUUUUAGUAAAUUGCGAAUUAAAUGGGGAUCUGACUCUGAGCAGUAGUGGAUAUCCAGAAAGUGAGUAUAAGACAGGUAUAUGCAAUAAGCUUAAAACAGUAGGCAUUCAUGAUGAAGAUUUGUCAUCCGAGGUCUUAGACCAUUGGCCCAGACUUAAAUGUAUUGUCCUUGAUUCCCUGAAAAAUUUAAGUAAAGUGCAUUUGUGGCUGGUAAAACCAUUGAAUCGUCUGAAGUUCAAAAAUUGUAGAAGAUUGAAAAGUGUAUCAGGGAAAUUGGACCAAGGAAAGCAUACACAAUUGAUCAUCAGUAAUUGUCCACGGCUUCAAAAGUUACCAAGACAACUUGUGAGUUAUUUGAACUCCAUUGAAGUUGACCGUUUAAUAUCCUUUAAUGCAAAUAAAGACUUGAAAGGAAUAGACUAUCUCCAUCUUUCAAAUGGAAAAGUCAAGAAAUACAGGACCUACUGUUCAAAGCUGUCAAAGAUACUCAGCAUGCUAUCAUCUUGAAUGUCUAGAAUUUCAAGCUUCUUAUAGUUGUAACAGGAGCAGCAUUAAUAAGAUAAAGUGUUGUAGAUUAUACUA